GUGACACAGAGACGUUUGACAGUGCGGAUAGUGUAGCGAACGAGUGUGGUCACGGCGAGCUUGAUUUAACUUCGACUAUUUUUUUUUUUGGGUUUCUAAAGCGCAGCUGUCACCUUUGUUACACAUAUAUACUUUUUACUCUCUUGUUGGCUGUGAAAGCGCGGUGAUUCUCGUGAGAGUGACGCGCCUACCACGAUCACGCUUCGUAAUAUUACAUUUCGAGUUGAAUUCCUUUUCUCUCUUUGUAUCUUUCUCUCUCUCUUUCUCUAUCUCAUUCUCUCUAUCUCUUUCCAUCUCUCUUUCUCUUUCCUUUUUCUCUCUCUCUCUCUUUAUAUCUCGUAUAUUUCGUAUAUUUCUCGACUUCACGUUUAAAUCGUGCUCGUGUGCUGUAGCAACGAAGAAGAGAAAGAAGAAAAAAAAAAAGAAGAAGGAGGAAGUAGAAGAAGAAGAAGAAACAGAAGCAGAAGUAAUAAUAGUAGUAAUAUAAGAAAAAGGAAAUAAAUAGGAAACAACAAAGUUGAGGACACAGGAAAAUGAUGACAAGGAAGACACAACACUGACGUUUUGUUUUCGAUCGUUGCGUCGCGUGUGUACCACCAGUUGCGUGUUGCGUAACCCCGAUUUUACGAGUUUCUAUCUUUCUCUCUUUCUCUAGAUCCCCCUACUCUCUCUCUCUUUUUUUCUUUCUCUCUCUCUCUCUCUCUCUCUCUCUGUCUCUCUCUUUAUUUCUUUUUCUCUCUCUUACUCCACCUAUCCUCGUAGCUGGUUCGCAACACGUCUGCAGGUUCAACAGGCAAGAAUCUUUCAAACUUCAACAUUGACUGGACAACAUCUUCUUCUUCUCUCUGGAUCACACUAAUUACUUUUGGAAAUAUCCAGUAUUUUAUGAAUGGUGUUGGUUGUAAACGGGGUCCUUCAGGAAGAUGUCCCGACGGACAGUAGGUCCUUGUACGUGUCACAUCCCGUAUAUCGUGAGACUGCCGCGCAACUUCACUCAAUGCCGGCUAAAUUAGUGGGCCCGGUUGGCCUUUUGUAUGUCCAACAACGAGAAAUGGCCGCCACAUUGCCACACGAUAAGAACGUGAGCAUCCUCGGCUCGGACGACAUGACUACGUGCAUAAUCGUCGUCGUGAGGCAUUCCGGAUCGGGUGCAGCAGCCUUGGCACACCUGGACGGUGCAGGUACAGAAGAUGCCGCAGCCGCGAUGGUUCAAAGGGUGACAGAAUUAGCUAUUGGCUUUCCGGAAGGUCGUUUAGAGCUUCAAUUAGUCGGCGGUUAUUCCGAUCCAAGAAAUUACUCCGAGGAAUUGUUUUACAAUAUUCUCUCUGCCUUUCACAAACAACCCGUCGAAAUCGACCUAACGUUGUGCUGUGUCGGUGAAUUGAAUACAACCGUAAGAGCUGGCAUCCAUUGGCCUGUGAUCUAUGGUAUCGGAUUGAACGUGAAGACCGGCGAGAUCUUCCCUGCGACCUUCCCUGACAAGGGCCCCGAUCAGCCGCUCAGGUGUGCCAGACAGUUAACCGGAGGUCAACAGGUACUCGACGUUUACGACUGCACACUGGGAUUACUUAGAAUCGGCCCAUUUAAUUAUGAUCCCUUAAGAGGUGUCGACCUCUGGCUAGCUCAAUCCGAUCAGUUCAUCCUUCAACAUCUAUCGACGUCACCGGAAGUCGAACUUCCUCAUUUCGUGUCACAGGUACGAGCAACGCUUAAAUAUAUCCAGGACAAUCAAUUUCCGGCGGUUACCGUCUUUCGAGAUAAUAGGCCUCAUUAUUAUCGUCGGGACGAAGCAACUGGAGUCUGGCAACCGAUACGAUACUAAUUAUUGCACUUCGAAUUACAUUAACAUGUAUAUGUAUGUGCGCGCCAACUUUUUCGUCCUUUCUUGAGGGAGCAUGAAAUCAAUUAAUUAAUUAAUUAAUGCUCGCGAAGAUUCGUCAUCCUUUUUUUUUCUUUUCUUUUCUUUUUUUU